UGUCAAAAGCAGUAAACGCAAUCUGCGGCUGAUCUUACAUCUAAGAGGUUGAUUCGUAGACGCUCUGAAUAAUAAUAUAUAAUAAAUAAGUACUAUUUUCUACAAUGGAUUUCAUACCGCAGGAUAAAAUAUUAAAAGUAAACCCAGAUACUCUGGAAGUUGUUAGGAAAGAAAUUAAUAUGGAUAAGCCGGGAGAGAUGAAACAGGCCGUUAAUAUUUUAAAGGAAUGGAUUCAGCAGCAACCGCACUUGAGAAAAAAGGAUUUUACUGAUCAUUUUGUGGAGACCACUAUCGUGACGUCAAAGGGCUCUGUAGAACGAGCGAAGAAGCAAAUCGACACAGCGUGUACCAUGAGGACUCUGAUGCCGCAGUUUUUUGGCGUUACUGACUUGGAGAAGGACUUCGCUAACCUUGUGGAUUCUGGACAUUUAGUGAUAAUGCCAAAAUUGAGCAAACAGAACCACAGGAUAAUGGUAUUACAAAUAAGUGCAUUGCCUCCUGAUUCCACUACAUUCCUGAAAUUCUUUAAAUAUGCAUUUUUCUUUGCAGAAUACCUCAAGGCACACGACUAUGUCGGUAACUAUGAAUGCAUUGUGGAUAUGAGAUUGGCAAGCCUACAAGAUAUGCUGUCUAGCCUGAAUCCUAUGGAACUAAAACAGGCAUUGACGAUCAUUGUUGAUUGCUACGGCAUGCGCAUAAAAUCGAUUCAUUUGAUAACAUCGUCGAAACUGAUCGAGGCGUUCAUAGCAAUACUUAAACAGUUACUGAAACCGAAGAUGGUUCAAAGGCUCCAUCAUCAUAAUGAUUGUGAGGAAAUUAUCAAGUUGUUCGGAAAGGAGUACCUUCCUCUGGAAUUGGGAGGCACAGAACCAUCUAUUUCAGACCUCAGAGAAAAUUGGCUCGAAGUUUUAGGCGGCAAAGAGAACAUGGACUACAUAAAAGAGAUGAACAGAGCAUUGACUGAUGAGAGUUGUCGUCCCAGGGAUAAAUUUAAUGAAGAAUAUGCUGGGAUGCCGGGAACUUUUAGAGUAUUAAGCGUAGAUUUCUUAAUAAAUCGUCCGGUGCGGUCACACAACAUGCUUAGACACAAUGCAUUAUUACAAUUACACCCGGAUACUAUACAAAUGGUUCGAAAAAGUAUUCAUAUGAAUACAGAAGAUGUGAAGCAAGCUGUCAAUAUCCUGAGGGAUUGGGUGAAAAUGCAACCGCAUUUUAAGAAGAAACAUUUCGAUGACGCGUAUCUGGAAUCAUAUUUGAUAUCGUCAAAGGGCUCUAUAGAAGACGCAAAGAAACACAUUGACAAGAUGUGUACGAUGAGAACUCUUUUGCCACAUUUCUUUGGAGUUAACGACGUAAGCAAAGACUUUGGGGAUCUAUUUGAUAUAAUGAAAAUAGCAGUUCUCCCAAAAUUAACUGACGAACAUCACAGAGUGUUUAUCGUUAAAGCCUAUGGCAAUUUUACUGAAUCGUUACAUUAUACAAACUUUUAUAGAUAUGCUCAUUAUAUCGUUGAAUACAUCAAAAUGCAUGAUUACAUAAGCAGUUUUCGUAUCGUUCAAGAUUUGACUGCGUUUGAUAUGUUAAAGUUUGUUUCAAAGCUGAAUCCUAUCGAAUUGAGACAAGCUUUAAGUAUUACUACGGACUGCUACGGCUUAAAAAUAAAAGGCAUACAUUUUAUAAGUCCCUCAAAAGCAGUAGAAGCCCUAGUGACCAUUGUGAAGCAGGUGCUAAAACCGAAGAUUGCUAAUCGCAUCUUCGUUCACAAAAAUUAUGAGGAAAUUCAUGAUAUUAUAAGCAAAGAUGUACUACCGGUGGAGUUUGGUGGCAAAGAGCGGUCUAUUACGAAAAUUCAUGAGGAUUGGGUGAAAGAAUUAUCAUCACAGGAGCAUUUGAAAUACAUGCGCGAGAUGAACGAAGCGUGUACUGACGAAGGGCUCCGACCUCAAGAAAAAUUCAAUGAAGAUUAUGCUGGCAUGCCCGGAACAUUCCGACUAUUAACUGUGGAUUGAAAUAUAAAAAAAUAAUAAAUAAAAAUCUAAUUUAUUCGUAAAUAUAGAUAAGUUAUGGUGUUACAGUAUAUUUUAAAUAAAACACAAUGUUUUGUU